UCCUCCUCCUCCUCAGGCAACCUGUGGACAUCAUCUCAGUCACUUUUGUCUCAGGGCCAGUUUCCACAGGAGCUGAAACAUGGGAUGCUUCGAGUGCUGCAUCAAGUGUCUGGGCGGGGUGCCCUACGCCUCGCUGGUGGCCACCAUCCUCUGCUUCUCAGGCGUGGCUUUGUUCUGCGGAUGUGGCCACGUGGCGCUGACCGGGACCCUGACCAUGCUGGAGAACCACUUCUCCAGGGUCACCAGCGACCACGCCACCCUGGCCUUGGUGAUCCAGAUCUUUCAGUACAUCAUCUAUGGCAUUGCUUCCUUCUUCUUUGUCUACGCCAUCAUCCUGCUCGCCGAGGGCUUCUACACCACCAGCGCCAUCAAGAAGGAGCUGCAGAGCGACUUCAAGACCACCGUCUGUGGACGCUGCAUCACCGCCUUCUUCAUGUUCCUGACCUACAUCCUCUUUCUGGCCUUCCUCGCCAUCUUCGGCUUCACGGCGAUCCCCGUGUUCCUGUUCUUUAACAUGUGGACCACCUGUGCUGCCAUGAGGUCUCCUGAUGCUAACAUCACCUCUCCUGACUCCAUCUGUGUGGAUGUCAGGCAGUACGGUAUCAUUCCCUACAACGCCACACCGGGUAAAGCCUGUGGAGCCACACUGGGAGAAAUCUGUAACACCAGCGAGUUCUACCUUUCCUACCACCUCUACAUCGUUGCGCUAGCCGGCGCCGGAGCCACCGUCAUCGCAUUGAUCCACUACCUGAUGAUUUUGGCGGCUAACUGGGCCUACCUGAAGAGUGCCGUCUCCACGCACGAGUACCAGGACAUCAAGACCAAGGACGACCAGGACCUGGAGGCCGAGGCGCGCUCCAAGGAGGGCCAGAACUCCUCCUCCUACUCAUAAGGACAAGAGAUCCUCUCCCGCCACCACCCAUCUCCUCUCCACACCUCGACCCCCUCGCCCCACGACACCAACGCCCGCCCCCUCCCUCCGUUAAAACAAACCACCUCGGUCAUGUUUGAUAGUCCCCCAGCCUCCUGAGUCUCCAUCCUCUUCCCCUCCGCCAUGAUUGUCACGGGUUGUGGGUGUGCGCUCACACCAGAGGGGAAGAGGAUGGAGGGUCAGGAGAGGCGGCAGGCCCAGACGGAGGCAGAUGCUUCGGAACGGGAGAGCUGGCCCGCCGGGUCGAGCUCAGGUACAGUCCAUCAGUUCAGAAGCGUCUCCUCCCCCAGUGCUUUUGGGCGCCGGCUCGUGAACGUGGCCCGGCUGUGAUGGCCUCGCGCCCUGAGCCAGCACAGCCUCUCGACACACAGCUCCUAAAAAAAAAAACAUUGUUCACUGUCUGCUUCGGCCACAGGGAAGCCAGGCAGCGACCACCUUCCUCCGUUUUUUGGUGUUUUAUAUGCAUAUAUAUAUGAAUAUGAAUAUAUUGUGCGAAUGUGUGCGAAUGUUGUUGUUUUUUUUUAAUACUCUCUGAAAAGUAUGCCAGGUACUAUUAUGAUCUUUCUUCUUCUUCUUCUUUAUGUUUUUGCGCUCAUAUGUUUUUUCUCUCCUUUACUUUUCUCUCCAUCUUUAACUUUUUAUUGCUAAUUGCUCGAUACGUUGUUGCACUAUUUAAGAAACAAACAAAAAAAAAUAAGGGAGAAUUAAAAAUCCCUGAAAAACACAAACCACCCCGACCCGCUCCCUCAUAGAUACACACCGAACAGAAACCCGGAUCACGUGGUAUCUCAAGGAUUACUGUGCAUUUAUAUGACCAGAGUUUAUUUAACCACCAACACACAGUUUGUUUAAGACCGGAGCAAACUUUAAUUUAAGGAACAGUUUUGAGAAGUGUGCUUAUUUGUUUUCAUGCCAAGGGUUGGAUGAGGAGAAUAGUAGCUAAUAGUAGCUAGUGUUAGCAUCAUGACUGACUCUCUUCGGAGCGUUUGAACACUUUGUUUUUAUGUGAAUUAAGUAGAGAAGAUAAUAGACUCAUUACUAAGCUUGAUAAACCAGUUUUGAUUGUUUAAACAAAGCUAAUUUGCCCCGUUUCUAGUGUUUAAUCGAGCAACAGUGGGCUAGCUAAGAUUAGCAUAAACACUGGAAAGUUUUCUAGAGAGCAACGUUUUGGUUUUGUGUAAAUUAGAGAAACACUUGACAUCGUAAACUUAAAAUAAGCUUAGCGAGCCAAUUUUAUUUGUUUUAAACAGAGCUAGGUCCAGUGUUUAAACUAGCCAGGAUUAAAUGAGAAGUUAUCUCAUGUCUGUAGCUACAGCCAGUAGCGGGCUAGCUAAGGUUAGCAUAGCGACUGGAACUUGAAACAGCAAGACGAGCUCUGUUGAGAGCAAUGUGUGGUUUUGCCAGCUUGUUUUUUUGUGUAAAUUAAAGAAACAAGAUGACCAAAACAAUUUAUAUCUUUAAGAUGGAGCGGGGUUAGCCGUUUCCCUGUGUUUUAAGCUAGCUAAGCUAAUCGGCUAUACCACACAGUCUGGCUAUCAUUGGAUCAGCUGUAAUUUAUUAAUAAUUAAAAGCAAAGAAAAACUACCAAAAAACAGAAAAGCUUUCACAGAUGCGAUAAUCAAAAAAAAAUAAUUUUUUUUAAUAAGAAAAAAUAGUUAAUUUGUGUUUUUUAGCAACCAAAAAUGAGUCAUGUGACCUUUAAAAAAUUAAAAUUAAAAUUAAACCAAAAUCAUUCAAAGCAAAAAAAAAAGAGACAAAAACCAAACUCAAAAACCUCAAUUUUGUUUUUGUUUUUAUAAAAUUACCAAAUAAUUAAAAUUUUGUCCAGCGAUCCCCAGACUGGUGGGAUCAACCUUCUAAUCCACGGAUCUCCAACCUGCAGGUUUUUAGACGUUACUGCAGCACACCUGAUUCACAUUAAUGGAUCUCCUUCAGCUUGUUGUCAAGUUCUACACAAGUCUGUUAAUGAUCCAUCGGUUUGGUGUGUUGCAGUGACGUCUAAAACCUGCGGCUCAGGAGGACCGGAGCUGGAGGUCCCUGUUCUAAUCUUAACUUUCAGCAAGGAAGCAAACAAGCACAUUUCAGAAACUGCCAAACUGUUCCUUUUUAAGACCUUUGUGGUUUUUGCUACACUCAUCACCAGCGGCAGCAGAAAUCAAAGAUAAAUCGGGUCUUAAAAACAGACACACACACACACCUCAGGUAUCAAACCAAAUCUGAUUUCUCGCCAGUUGCGUUCCGUUCAGACUCUCAGCGGAUCGGUUCGCUGUCCUGUGUGGAUCAUACGGUACAAACCUCUUCUAUCGGUUCCUCCUUUUUGAGACUCACCUGUAAAUAGCCGAAUCACCCUAAAAGAUGGAUGACACCUCUCCCAGCAGACCAGGGGGUGGGGGAACACAAUCAGUGUUUUUUUUGCCAUGCUCUUCUAUGAUUUUUUAUUUUAUUUUUUUUCCACAGAUAUAUGUAAAUGUACCCUUUGAGAUAUGUGUUUAGCACUCAAAUACUAGUUCUGCAUUUGAUAUAAUAAUUGUAAUGUAACAUCUUAAAUGAUAUGUCGUGAGAGGGAUACAGUGCAGUCAUGAUAUGAUGGGUUGAGGUGCUUGUGACGUAUACAUUUUAAAAUGUGAAGAAAAAAAAAAGAAAAUACGGAAAAAUUGAUUUUUUUAAUGUUUUAUCAGUUUUAGGCAGCUGAUUUCUUCUUGUGAUUCAGUAAUGAUUAUUUUAUGGAACAUGUUUGUGCUUUUUUUUUUUCGACGGCCAGCCAAACGAGCGACUCGCUGAAGUCGCUUUUUUUUUUUUUUUUUUUAAACUUUUGAUCCUUUUGAUCCUUUCUAACGCCAUGCCUCUCAUAUGAGCCACAGAGACUGUUUUGGAUGUUUACACUCUGAAUAAAAACAAGUCAGGAAUUUUCAUACAUUAAUUUUGUAACCAGAUAUUGUUUUAAAUAAUCAUGAACUAUAUUCUAUAUCGACCAUCACUGGUUAGUUGACCCUCAAAAAAACACUGAAGAAGACAAAACGUUUUUGGUUUUUUUCGAUGAGAUGAAGCAUGUCAGUAUCGUCCAUGUGUGCAGCUGUCUAUUCUGUAUAAAAAAGGACUAUAUUGCCAUGUGUGUUAUGUUUGAUAAAUAUACGUGCUUUGCCGCCAGGUUGAUGUAAAAGGCAAACUUCAAUUUCCUAUAAGACGAUGCGUGUCAGGGUGUUGUUGUUUCCUCGUUAUUUGCAUGAAGGAGACAUGACUGUGUCUUUGCAGUUUUUCAGGUGAUGUGUAGUCAAUUGUACUGACAACUAUGGUAGGCGGUGUUUGCCCCCUUCCUCCCCUCCCUGCCCCUCCCUGCCUCCCACCACUCUUUUCUAAAGAAAACUCCAUUGUACUUUGAUGGCAUUGUAGUCCCUGUAGGUGUUUCAUUAUGGUUUUAUUUUUUAAGUUGGAAAUAGUUCUAUGACUCCUAUAUAGUGAUGAUUUUUGUAACCUUCUCUAGUAAAACCGAUAUUUUUUAUUAUCGUGA